GGACAGAGAUCAGAGCCAGCUAGUAACAACUAAGCAAGAUCAUCACGAACCAACCCAAAUCCUCCCAAUAAAUAGCCACUCUAUUCCACUUUUUUCUUUCAUUCAUCUACCAAAAUUAAAGCAUGGCAUCUUUUCAAGCGAAAAUGCUCUUCAUGGGCCUCUUAAUCUUUUGCAUGGCUUUAGUAGUCUCAUCGCGUAACAGACCUUACACGCCUCCAGCUGUCGCGCAUUUGACGGAUUACUUCCCUCCUGUCUCCGUCGAUAAAGGGUUUUCUAACUUUUUUGGAGGCUCAAAUAUCCGGCUGCUCAGUAAUGGCUCCAUGGCCAGCCUUGCUCUCGACAAAUCCUCUGGAUCCGGAAUGGUCUCGAAAAGCAAAUAUUACUAUGGAUUCUUCAGUGCUGCAAUUAAGCUGCCAUCGGGUCUCUCUCCUGGAGUUGUAGUAGCCUUCUAUUUGUCAAAUGCAGAUACUUCCCCUCAUAACCAUGAUGAAAUUGACAUCGAGCUGCUUGGUCAUGAUAAAAGAAACGACUGGGUCCUCCAAACAAAUAUCUACGCUAAUGGAAGUGUAAGCACCGGAAGGGAAGAGAAAUUCUAUUUCUGGUUUGACCCUACAGAGCAGCACCAUCAAUACAGCAUCAUCUGGAAUAAUCAUCAUAUAGUGUUUUUGGUGGACAACAUACCUGUAAGAGAGUUUCCACGCAACAGCGGCUUCUCUUCCGUUUAUCCGUCAAAACCAAUGUCGAUUUACGCAACGAUUUGGGAUGGAUCGGAGUGGGCGACUCAUGGAGGAAAAUACCCAGUUAACUAUAAAUAUGCUCCCUUUGUGGUUUCAUUUGCAGAUAUGAAACUGAGUGGGUGUAUAUUGAAUCCAACAGAGCAAGUUUCUUCAUGUUCAAAGGCCGGUGUUUCUAGCUCCGACCCAGUUGAGGGAGCAGAGUUUGUAAGGCUAUCAGAGAAGCAGCUUGAGGCAAUGAACUGGGCUAGACGGAAGCUUAUGUUCUACUCGUAUUGUAACGAUAGAUCCAGAUUCAAGGUCCUCCCACCAGAGUGCAAGUGAUCAGGAAUCUUUUGGGUAUUUUAUCCUACUUUUAAUCAUUUUUGCCCCUCCCUGGGUUGAGAGGGUGGAAGUAAAUAACAACAGUAAAGGCAUGCUA